AUGAAAAAAAAGGCUAGAAAUAAUAAACCAUAACCCAAAUUUGAAGAUAUAGUAAAAGAAACAAGAUAAAGGUAUUAAUAAUAACAUAAAAUGUUGUAUUAAUAAUUUGAAAAAGCAAAAUCUGAAUUAGAAAUAAAAGUCAAAGAAGAUUUAGAAAAGCUAGCCAAAGGAAAUAUUAUUAAAAAUUAAGAAUAAGAUGAAAAAGAAAUAAAUUAAAACUAUAAGAAAUAGUUUUAAAAAUUGAUAAAAAAUUUUAAUCAAGAAUUAGAUUAAUUAUCAUUUAAUAUUAUUGGUUUGAAAAAAAUGACUAAGAUUUUUGAAGAAGAAUAAUAAAAGAAUAAAUAAUUAUUAGAAGAAAUAGAAAAGUUAAAGAAUGAUUCAAAUGAUCCAAAUAUUAAUUUUGAUAAAAAAGUUUAGAUAGCAGUACAAGAAGAAUUAAAUAAAAAUAUAAUAUAAAUCUAAAAUGAGAAUUAAUUGAUGUUUGAAAGUUUAAAAAAAUAAUAUGAUGAAGAAAUGAAGUAAUACAUCAAAAUUUCUGAAAGGACUAUUCAUAAACUUAAAUAAGAAAACAUAAAAUAAUAAGAUAAUAUUGCCAAAAUGAAAAAAUUAUUAGAAGCAUAAGACAAAGAUUUUCAAAUUUUAACAAAUGAGUUUAUAAAGUUUUAUUAAGGUUAUUUUGAAAUAAUUAAUUAAUUGAAAGAAUAAGAUUAUAAAUAAUUAUAAAAUAAGAUUAAAUAAGAUUAAGAAUAAAUGUAAAAAGUCAAAGAUGCAUUAGAAUAGGAAAAAAUUGCUAAAGAAAAUUAUGAAAAAUAUUAAAAAGAAAUUUAACUAUUGUAAUAAAGAUUUGAUCAAGAACGUCUUCAAUAAAAAAAACAAAUCAAAGAAGCUGAAUAAUAGAUGCAAUAAGCCAAAGAAUGUUAAAAAAAGUAUUAGAGUAAGAUUGACAAUUAGAAAAAUUAAUUAAAGGAUAUAGAAUAAGAGCUACAAAAAGCUUAAGAUAAGGAAAGAAAUUCUGAAUAUGCAACCAAAUAAAUUUAAUAAGAAUUGGAUUAAACCAAAGAAGAUUUAGAAUAGUAUAAGAGUAAGAUUAACAAUUAGAAAGAUAGUUUUAAGUAUAAGCUUUAGGAAGAAGAAUUAAAAUAAAUAGAAUUAAAGCUACAAAAAGCUUAAGAGGAGGAAAAGAAAUCCAAAGAUGCCACCAAAGAAAUUUAAUAAGAAUUUGAGAAAGCUAAAGAAAGUUAAGAAUAGUAUAAGGGUAAGAUUAACAAUUAGAAAGAUAGAUUAAAGGAAAUAGAAUAAGAGCUACAAAAAGCUUAAGAGGAGGAAAGGAAAUCCGAAAAUGCAACCAAAUAAAUUUAAUAAGAAUUGGAUAAAACCAAAAAAAAUUUAGAAUAUUAUAAAGGUUUGAAAGAAAAGUUAAAGCGAAUGGAAUAAAAAUUAGAAGAAGCUAAAGAAGAGGAAGAUAAAUUCAAAAAUGCGGCCAGAUAACUUUAAACGUCAUUGGAGGAGAGCAAAAAAAUAUUUGAAUAAGAAAAAUCAAAAUUAGAAUCGUAGCUGAAAGAAGCCUCUCAAUAAGUAGCUAGAACCAAUAUAUAAGUACAAAAAUAUAAGGAGUAACUAUAAUUAUAGAAACAAAAAUCAAAAGAAGAAAUACUUAAAGUAGAACAAAAAGCCCAAUAAGAAAAAUAAAAACUAGCUUUUGAACAUAGAAGAAUAUGUGAAGAAUAGGAAAUGAAAGCUCAAGAAGAAAAAAAUAAGUAAUAAGAAAAAUUGAAAUAAAUGAAAGCCUAAAAACAAACUUAAAUAGAGUUAGAAAACUCUAUUAAAAAUGAAUAGACACAAUAGUUUGUAUAAUUUAAUAAUCAAAGAGUAGAAGAAAAAUAAGAUUAAUAUUCCUCUGAAGAAGAAACUUAUUAAGAAUAAAAUGCUAUUGACAAAAUAUUAGAAGAACAUAAAUAAAAUAUAAAGAAAAUAAAUGGAAACAAGUAAAAAACUAAUUAUGUUCCUUAAGGAACAAUUAUUAGGUAUAAUAUUAACUCAUAUUAAGAUAAUAAAAAGAUCAAAUUUAAGAAAAAACAUUAAAUGAAAGAGAAAAAAGAAUAGAAAUAUAAGAAUAGCCUACCGAAGUACCAAACAAUGUUAUUAACAAUAAUUGCAUUAAUAUUAUAAAUAAUAUUCAAUGUAAAAUGAUGAUGUUUACUUAGUCAUAUCUAAAUUGA